AUUCUCGCCAGUAGCAUACACAGCCAUCUUGGAUCUGCGAGGAGAGGGUAAAUUGAUGCGGUGACAUACGGAAUGUUCAGUGCAACGAGAAAGAAGUUUGUUGAGGGGGUCGAAAGUGACUACCCUGAUGAGAGCAUGUACUAUGGCCAGCCAUCGAUGUUCCAACAUCGAUCGGAGAAAGACAUGCUGCCAUCACCCUCGCCGUCAUCGUCAGGUCAAUUGUCACAGCUUGGUGCGAGUUUGUAUGGUCCACAAAGUACACUAGGUUUCUCAAUAAGAGGCAUGAACAACAACAACCCUCAACUUAACCGGAAUUUAACACAAACCACUCAGCUACCGAGCCAUAGCACCCCAACAACAGGCGUCCCAACAAUGUCCCUCCACACGCCACCUUCGCCAAACAGGGGCAUCCUACCCAUGAACUCCAGGAACAUGAUGAGCUCGCAGGUAGGGCAGGGCAUGGGUAUGAGUGGCAGGACAAACAGCAUGGGCAGCUCGGGGUUGGGCAGCCCUAACAGAAGCUCCCCCAGCAUUAUCUGCAUGCCCAAGCAACAGCCAGCACGCCAACCGUUCACCAUCAACAGUAUGUCAGGAUUUGGAAUGGGCCGGAGCCAGGGGUUUGGAAUGAACUCCUUAUCCAAUAACAUCUUCAACGGGACGGAUGGGAGUGAAAAUGUGACAGGAAUAGACCUCUCAGAAUUCCCAGCACUUGCAGACAGAAGUCGGAGGGAGGGAAAUGGCAACCCAACACCAUUGCAUAAUCCGCUGGCUGGAAGAGCACCCUAUGUUGGAAUGGUCACAAAGCCAUCGAACGAACAGUCGCAGGACUUCUCCAUUCACAACGAAGACUUCCCAGCGCUGCCCGGACCCAACUACAAGGACCCAACAUUGAGCACGGAUGAAAGCAAAUCAAGCUUGAACUCAUCAGGCAAGAGCAGCUCGAGCGUGGACGGACCCAAGUUUCCUGGCGACAAGACAUCAUCAGCACAGAAUAACAACCAGCAAAAGAAAGGGAUUCAGGUGUUGCCUGAUGGCAAGGUAACAAACAUUCCCUUAGGAAUGGUGACGGAUCAGUUUGGAAUGAUUGGACUCCUGACAUUUAUCCGGGCAGCUGAGACAGACCCUGGGAUGGUUCACCUAGCUUUAGGAAGUGACCUAACAACGCUAGGGCUCAACCUCAACUCUCCAGAGAAUCUGUAUCCUAAGUUUGCAUCUCCCUGGGCUUCGGCUCCAUGUCGACCACAAGACAUUGACUUCCAUGUUCCUUCAGAGUACUUAACCAACAUUCACAUAAGGGACAAGCUGGCUGCAAUAAAACUAGGACGAUAUGGAGAAGACCUGUUGUUCUACCUCUACUACAUGAAUGGAGGAGACCUCUUACAACUCCUUGCUGCUGUGGAGCUCUUCAACCGGGACUGGCGGUACCAUAAAGAAGAAAGGGUUUGGAUCACAAGAGCACCUGGCAUGGAGCCCACGUUAAAGACCAACACUUAUGAGAGAGGAACAUACUACUUCUUUGAUUGUCAUAACUGGAGGAAGGUCGCUAAGGAGUUUCAUCUGGAAUACGACAAGCUAGAGGAGCGGCCUCACGUGCCAACCACCUUUAACUACAAUCCGGCCCAGCAGGCCUUCUGAAGCUCCCUCAGCACCCGUGAGCUCUUGAAGCGGCAGAGACAGCCAGCCGACCUGCCCGACCACAAACCUGGUUUUAUUCUUCAACUGUCUGGACAAGGACUGUGGGAGGGGGAGGGGAGGGGGGUGGGGCAGAGGCCUCUACCUUGAGAACUGGGGGGAGGGGCCCUGCCUUACAAAUUAUGUGCUGCCCAAAACAAAACUUCUAUAUAUUUUCAUUCUGUUUUUAAAUUCCCCUUUUUUCUCCCUCCAUUUCAUUUUGAGCAGGGUCAGUUUUGUUUAAUCCUCUGAUGGAAAAGCCCCUUUUGGUGUUUGCCUGGAGUCUUUGAAGUUGCAUUACAGCACACACAAACACUCAUUGGUGUACAAAGCAGUUUGCACUUUGUUUUCCGAAGUGUGCUGCAUUACGAAAGAGGACAGACACAAAGACAAAUCCAAUACAUGUGAAUACACAAGGGCAAAAUAAAUGCAAUGUUCAUUGUUGCACUAUUUAGUAAUAAAAGAACACAAAUUUUUUCUGCUUUUUUUUUUUUUUUUUUUUGUGGGAAAACGCUCUACUCCUCGUCAUUGUCUAGAUAGAAGGACGCACAACCUGUCGUUAACAUCAUGGAGGUUCUGCUUUCUUUUCAGUUUUUGAUUUCUUUCGUUUGGCUUUUCCCCCAAAACAUUCCUUUUAUCCAUUACCUGCGUUCCUCAUCCAGAGUUGUUUUCCGGUGAGGUGAUUUCUGCUUAGCUUCAACACAAAUGCAAAUCAGACUGUUUUCAGUGAGUUGGAACAACCUGCGGACCAGGCGGUUGUGAGUUUACCGAGAAACAUUGUUGCAGAAUGAGUACAAACCCUUUUCAGUCUUUGUUACGAUUUUGUAAUAAACGUGUACAUUUUUUUUAAUUUUUUGACAUCACAUGAAUAAAGAUAUGUAUGUAUGAAUGUGUAUAUAUAUAGAUAGAUGUAUCUCUAUAUACAUGUAUAUAUAUACAUGAUGUCUAUUUUGGAAGAAGUAACUAUGCUUGACCUCGUUUUUAGGAGGUGAACAGAAAUGGCAUUAUGUGGUAGAAGCAAAAAGACAAAAAAAAAAAAAAAAAAAAAGUAAA